CUCGCGCGGGCGCGGGGGGCGGCGCUGCGCUGCGCCGUGCUGCGCUCCAGCCGGGACGCGGCCGGGGCCGCUGGAUGCCGCGUCUCCGCUCCUGCUGCCUGCCGGGCGGGCUCCGGCAGCCGGUCGACUGUGCCUCUCUGUGUCCCUGACUUAUCUGUGGCUGAGGCGCCCCUGAAAACGCCCCACGGUAGUUGAGCGAAUGCACUGGAUCAUAUUGGAAAGAAGGUGAAGUUCACUGCAGGGCUAAGCGCGGGCCUCUCUAGCAGGAUGAUGAAUUCUGGCUGCCUUGGCUUAUGCUCACCAAAUCUGGAGCUUUUUUCUUGAGCAGCUGCCAGGUGGGGUCCAAAGACGCUGCGUUAACCAUCUGUAAUCCGCUGGGGGUACACCCCCUAAAACAGCACACCCACCAUGUUUAAUCUCAUGAAGAAAGAUAAGGACAAAGAUGGCGGGCGGAAAGAGAAGAAGGAGAAAAAGGAGAAGAAAGAGCGGAUGUCAGCCGCAGAACUGCGGAGCCUCGAAGAGAUGAGCAUGCGCCGUGGCUUCUUCAACCUGAACCGGUCCUCCAAGCGUGAAUCCAAGACGCGCCUGGAAAUCUCCAACCCCAUCCCUAUCAAGGUGGCCAGUGGCUCUGACCUGCACCUGACUGACAUUGACUCUGACAGCAAUCGGGGCAGCAUCAUCCUGGACUCAGGCCACCUAAGUACAGCCAGCUCCAGUGAUGACCUCAAGGGUGAGGAAGGCAGCUUCCGGGGCUCUGUGCUGCAGCGGGCAGCCAAGUUCGGCUCACUGGCCAAGCAGAACUCUCAGAUGAUUGUCAAACGUUUUUCUUUCUCCCAACGGAGCCGGGAUGAGAGCGCUUCAGAGACAUCCACCCCCUCAGAGCACUCUGCAGCCCCAUCACCUCAGGUAGAGGUGAGGACGCUUGAGGGACAGCUAAUGCAACAUCCUGGGCUAGGCGUCCCUCGACCAGGGCCACGGUCUCGAGUCCCUGAGCUGGUGACUAAAAGAUUCCCAGCUGACCUACGUCUCCCUGCUGUGGUGCCCCCGCCACCUCCGGCUCUCCGGGAGCUGGAGUUGCAACGAAGACCCACGGGAGACUUUGGCUUCUCACUUCGGCGCACAACCAUGCUGGACCGGGCCCCUGAGGGUCAGGCCUAUCGACGGGUGGUUCACUUUGCUGAGCCAGGAGCAGGCACCAAGGACCUGGCCUUGGGGCUAGUGCCAGGAGAUCGACUGGUGGAGAUUAACGGACAGAAUGUGGAGAAUAAGUCCAGGGAUGAAAUUGUGGAGAUGAUCCGGCAGUCUGGGGACAGUGUACGGCUCAAGGUACAGCCCAUCCCAGAGCUUAGUGAGCUGAGCAGGAGCUGGCUGCGGACUGGUGAAGGACACCGCAGGGAGCCGGCUGAUGUUAAGGAUGAAGACAAAUCUCUGGCAAAACCUGGCCCUCCUGGCAAAGAGGAAGGGGCCACAGGAGCUGACCCUGAGGUCCGGCUGAGUCCCGCAGAGGAAGCACACCAGCGACUUGAGAGGAUCUUCACAGCUUCUCUGGACCCUGAGGCCGCCUCUCCUGCCCACAGCCAGGCCAAGACGGAAGAGCAGAUUGCAGCCGAAGAGGCCUGGUAUGAGACGGAGAAGGUGUGGCUGGUCCAUAGGGAUGGCUUCUCCUUGGCCAGCCAGCUCAAGUCGGAGGAGCUCAGCCUACCUGAGGGGAAGGUGCGCGUGAAGCUGGACCACGAUGGAGCCAUCCUGGAUGUGGAUGAAGACGACAUAGAGAAGGCUAAUGCUCCCUCAUGUGACCGCCUAGAAGAUCUAGCCUCACUGGUGUAUCUCAACGAGUCUAGCGUCCUGCACACACUACGCCAGCGCUAUGGGGCUAGCCUGCUACACACCUAUGCUGGCCCUAGCUUGCUUGUCCUCAGUCCCCGAGGUGCCCCUGCUGUGUAUUCAGAGAAGGUGAUGCACAUGUUCAAGGGGUGUCGGCGGGAGGACAUGGCACCCCAUAUCUAUGCCGUGGCCCAAACUGCAUAUCGGGCAAUGCUGAUGAGCCGCCAGGACCAGUCCAUUGUCCUUCUGGGUAGUAGUGGCAGUGGCAAGACUACCAGCUUUCAGCAUCUGGUGCAGUAUCUGGCCACCAUUGCUGGCACCAGCGGGAGCAAGGUGUUUUCUGUGGAGAAGUGGCAGGCCCUGUACACCAUCCUGGAAGCCUUUGGGAACAGCCCUACCAUCAUGAAUGGCAGUGCCACCCGCUUCUCCCAGAUUCUCUCUCUGGACUUUGACCAAGCUGGCCAGGUGGCCUCAGCAUCCAUUCAGACAAUGCUCCUGGAGAAGCUGCGUGUGGCCCGACGCCCAGCCAGCGAGGCCACUUUCAACGUCUUCUACUACUUGCUGGCCUGUGGUGAUAGCACGCUCAGGACAGAGCUUCAUUUGAACCACUUGGCUGAGAACAAUGUGUUUGGAAUUGUGCCACUGGCCAAGCCCGAGGAGACGCAGAAAGCUGCUCAGCAGUUCAGUAAGCUACAGGCGGCCAUGAAGGUGCUGGCCAUCUCCCCUGAGGAACAGAAGGCCUGUUGGCUCAUCCUGGCUUCCAUCUACCACCUGGGGGCUGCUGGAGCUACCAAAGAGCCCCUUGAGGAGCAAGCCGAAGCUGCUGAAGCUGGACGCAAGCAGUUUGCCCGCCAUGAGUGGGCCCAGAAAGCUGCAUACCUGCUGGGCUGCAGCCUGGAAGAGCUGUCCUCGGCUAUUUUUAAGCACCAACUUAAAGGUGGUACCCUGCAACGUUCCACCUCCUUCCGCCAGGGCCCCGAGGAGAGCGGCCUGGGAGAGGGCCCAGGCCCCAAACUGAGUGCCAUGGAGUGCUUAGAGGGCAUGGCAUCUGGCCUCUACAGUGAGCUCUUUACACUCCUCAUCUCCCUGGUAAACAGGGCUCUCAAGUCCAGCCAGCACUCGCUGUGUUCCAUGAUGAUUGUGGAUACGCCAGGCUUCCAGAACCCUGAGAGGGGCGGAUCAGCCCGUGGAGCCUCCUUCGAGGAGCUGUGCCACAACUAUGCCCAGGACAGGCUGCAGAGGCUAUUCCAUGAGCGCACCUUCCUUCAGGAGUUGGAAAGAUACAAGGAGGAGAACAUCGAACUGGCGUUUGAUGACUUGGAGCCAGCCGCAGAUGACUCGGUGGCUGCUGUGGACCAAACUUCCCACCAGGGCCUGGUCCGCUCACUGGCCCAUGCUGAUGAGGCAAGGGGACUACUAUGGCUGCUGGAAGAGGAGGCGCUGGUGCCGGGUGCCACCGAGGAUGCUCUCCUCGACCGUCUUUUCUCCUAUUAUGGCCCCCAGGAAGGUGACAAAAAAGGCCAGAGUUCUCUACUGCGCAGCAGCAAACCACGGCACUUUCUCCUGGGUCACAGCCAUGGUACCAACUGGGUGGAGUACAAUGCGACUGGCUGGCUGAACUAUACCAAACAGAACCCAGCUACCCAGAAUGCAUCCCGGCUCCUGCAGGAUUCCCAGAAAAAGAUGAUCAGCAACUUGUUUCUAGGCCGGGCAGGCAGUGCCACGGUGCUCUCAGGCUCCAUCGCGGGCCUGGAGGGUGGCUCCCAGCUGGCCUUGCGCCGGGCGACUAGCAUGAGGAAAACCUUUACCACUGGCAUGGCCGCUGUCAAGAAGAAGUCACUGUGCAUACAGAUUAAGCUGCAAGUGGAUGCCCUCAUUGACACCAUCAAGAGGUCCAAGAUGCACUUCAUACACUGCUUCCUGCCUGUGGCUGAGGGCUUGCCCGGGGAACCCCGAGCUGCCUCUUCCCGCCGAGUUAGCAGCAGCAGUGAGCUGGACCUUCCCCCAGGAGACCCCUGUGAGGCUGGGCUGCUGCAACUGGAUGUGUCCCUGCUUCGUGCCCAGCUUCGGGGAUCCCGCCUGCUUGACGCAAUACGCAUGUACCGCCAAGGUUACCCAGACCACAUGGUGUUCUCUGAGUUCCGCCGUCGCUUUGAUGUCCUUGCUCCACACCUGACCAAGAAGCAUGGGCGCAACUACAUAGUGGUGGAUGAGAAGCGGGCUGUGGAGGAGCUGCUCGAGUCCCUGGACCUGGAGAAGAGCAGCUGCUGCAUGGGCCUGAGUCGGGUGUUCUUCCGGGCAGGCACGUUGGCACGGCUGGAAGAGCAACGAGAUGAGCAAACCAGCAGGCACCUGACCCUGUUCCAAGCGGCAUGCAGAGGCUAUCUCGCCCGCCAGCAUUUCAAGAAGAGAAAGAUCCAGGACCUGGCCAUCCGCUGUGUGCAGAAGAACAUCAAGAAGAACAAAGGGGUGAAGGACUGGCCCUGGUGGAAGCUCUUCACCACUGUGCGGCCCCUCAUCCAAGUCCAGCUGUCAGAAGAACAGAUUCGCAACAAAGACGAGGAGAUCCAGCAGCUGCGCAGCAAGCUUGAGAAGGUGGAGAAAGAACGGAAUGAGCUUCGGCUCAACAGUGAUCGGCUGGAGUCCCGGAUCUCAGAGCUGACAUCGGAGCUGACUGACGAGCGGAACACAGGAGAGUCCGCCUCCCAGCUGCUGGAUGCAGAGACCGCCGAGAGGCUCCGAGCUGAGAAGGAAAUGAAAGAGCUACAGACCCAGUAUGAUGCACUUAAGAAGCGGAUGGAAGUCAUGGAGAUGGAGGUGAUGGAGGCCAGGCUCCUUCGGGCAGCAGAGAUCAACGGGGAAGUGGAUGACGACGAUGCAGGGGGAGAGUGGCGGCUGAAGUAUGAGCGCGCUGUUCGGGAGGUGGACUUCACCAAGAAGCGGCUCCAGCAGGAGUUGGAAGACAAGAUGGAGGUGGAGCAGCAAAGCAGGAGGCAGCUAGAGAGACGGCUUGGGGACCUGCAAGCAGACAGUGAUGAGAGCCAGCGGGCCCUGCAGCAGCUCAAGAAAAAGUGCCAGCGACUCACAGCUGAGCUGCAGGACACCAAGCUGCACCUGGAGGGCCAGCAGGUCCGAAACCAUGAGCUGGAGAAGAAGCAGAAGAGGUUUGACAGUGAGCUUUCCCAGGCACGGGAGGAGGCCCAGCGGGAGAAGGUGCAGAGGGAGAAGCUCCAGCGGGAGAAGGACAUGCUCCUGGCUGAGGCUUUCAGCCUGAAGCAGCAGCUGGAGGAAAAAGACAUGGACAUCGCCGGGUUUACCCAGAAGGUCGUCUCCUUGGAGGCUGAGCUGCAGGACAUUUCUUCUCAAGAGUCCAAGGAUGAGGCUUCUCUAGCCAAGGUCAAGAAGCAGCUCCGGGACUUGGAGGCCAAGGUCAAGGAUCAGGAAGAGGAGCUGGAUGAACAGGCGGGAAGCAUACAGAUGCUGGAGCAGGCCAAGCUGCGUCUGGAGAUGGAGAUGGAGAGGAUGCGACAGACCCAUUCCAAGGAGAUGGAGAGUCGGGAUGAGGAGGUAGAGGAGGCCCGGCAGUCAUGUCAGAAGAAGCUAAAGCAGAUGGAAGUGCAGCUUGAGGAGGAGUAUGAAGACAAGCAGAAGGCACUGAGGGAGAAGCGGGAGCUGGAGGGCAAGCUGUCCACCCUCAGUGACCAGGUGAACCAGCGGGACUUUGAGUCAGAGAAGCGGUUGCGGAAGGACCUGAAGCGUACCAAGGCGCUGCUGGCAGAUGCCCAGAUCAUGCUGGACCAUUUAAAGAACAACGCCCCCAGCAAGAGGGAGAUUGCCCAGCUAAAGAACCAGCUGGAAGAGUCGGAGUUCACCUGUGCAGCAGCUGUAAAAGCACGGAAGGCGAUAGAGGUGGAGAUGGAGGAUCUGCACCUGCAGAUCGAUGACAUCGCCAAAGCCAAGACAGCGUUGGAGGAGCAACUGAGUCGCCUUCAGCGUGAGAAAAAUGAGAUCCAGAACCGGCUGGAAGAGGAUCAGGAGGACAUGAAUGAGCUGAUGAAGAAGCACAAGGCAGCUGUGGCCCAGUCCUCUCGGGACAUGGCACAGAUGAAUGAUCUCCAAGCUCAGCUAGAAGAAUCCAACAAGGAGAAGCAAGAGCUACAAGAGAAGCUACAAGCCCUGCAGAGCCAGGUGGAGUUCCUAGAGCAGUCCAUGGUGGACAAGUCUCUCGUCAGCAGGCAGGAAGCGAAGAUCAGGGAGCUGGAAACACGCCUGGAGUUCGAAAAGACCCAAGCGAAGCGUCUGGAGGGCCUGGCCAAUCGGCUCAAGGAGAACAUGGAGAAGCUGACCGAGGAACGGGACCAGCGUGCUGCAGCUGAGAACCGCGAGAAGGAGCAGAACAAGAGGCUCCAGCGGCAGCUCCGGGACACCAAGGAGGAGAUGGGUGAACUUGCCAGGAAGGAAGCUGAGGCCAGCCGCAGGAAGCAUGAGCUGGAGAUGGACCUGGAGAGUCUGGAAGCCGCUAACCAAAGCCUGCAGGCUGACCUCAAGCUGGCAUUCAAGCGCAUUGGGGACUUGCAAGCCGCCAUUGAGGAUGAGAUGGAGAGCGAUGAGAAUGAGGACCUUAUCAACAGUUUGCAGGACAUGGUGACAAAAUAUCAGAAAAGAAAGAAUAAACUUGAGGGAGACUCCGAUGUGGACUCAGAGCUGGAGGACCGGGUCGACGGGGUCAAAUCUUGGUUGUCAAAGAACAAGGGACCUUCGAAGGCAGCUUCUGACGAUGGCAGCUUGAAGAGUUCCAGCCCAACCAGCCACUGGAAGUCCCUUGCCCCUGACCCAUCAGAUGAUGAGCACGAUCCUGUGGACAGCACCUCCAGACCCCGAUUCUCCCACAACGGUUUGAGUGACAGCGACACAGAGGCCAAGCCAACAGAGACCAGUGCAUAGCCCGGGAGUGGCUCACGGCCCUCCCACCCCACAGCCUCUCCCAGGAAAUGGAGGGGUACCUCUGCCCCCACUCGACUGCCGAUCUGCAUGGAAAACACCGCAGCACUCUGUAAGGGGGACUUUCCAGGCUGUGGGUGUCUGAUAGCUCCACGUGGAAGAGGUGGGGGAAGAGGCGUCUCUGCAAGAACUUCCACUCCCGCCUCAGAAAUGCCACGCUCUUGGCUCCUACCCUGGACCCUGUGGACCAUGUCAGGUGGCCUGGCACUUCAUGGAGCCAGCAGUGGACCUCCAUCUCAGCUUCCUGCUCAGGGAUGGUGGAUAGGUUACCUGCUGGGCCACUCCAAGUUGCUAGGCCCACGGGAAAGAGUCUGGAGGGAGCAGCAAUGCCUCCCCUCUGCUGGGGUGAGGGCUUUCUCUUCUCAGUGCCUGCUGUCUUUUUACUGUUUAAUUUAAAUUCCCAAACCUCCGUGCAGCUGCAUCCCUGAGAGUGGGAGGGGCUGCUGUCGCAGCUGGGCCCUGUGGGAUGUCUUGGGAAUCUCCUCUCCAUCUUCACUCCUCCAGAGGUCCUUUCUCAUGCACCCUGCAGCCGGGCGCACUAGUGAGCAGAGCUCAGGCCCUGGCUCUUAAGAGGAAGUGUAGGGAGGCUUGGCAGCCUGGUGCUUCUGGCUUGGGCCUUGCAAGCCUUGUUGAGUAUUAAGUGCAAUGAGCAAUUAUUUAAGAGCUGAUCUCUUCCACCUGCACCAGCCCAUGGCUUCCAGCACUGCCUUCCUUCUGUCCACAGUGUAGCCAGCUCGUUUGGUGCUGAGGACUUGCGGUGGGCACAAUGGGAGGUAGAUGUUUGGUCUGUUUACCAGACCGGAGUCCUAACCCUUUGUCAUCUUUCUUCUGCCCGUGUCCCUGUUCCCACACAUACCCCAGACACAACAACAAGUGGUCUGGGCAUCCCAGCUGCUUCCCAUAAAAGUCAUUGCACCCACUGUACCAGACUUAGGGGCCCAAGAGCAGCGCCUGGUGCUGGACCUGUCUGCCAUCCCCCUUCCCUUCUGCAAUUGGUUUGUACUUAUCGGGCUGUGCUCGCCCUGUGGACCUGAUUAAGGAAAUAAAAGGCCCCUUCCCUCCUGGC